GUCCGUCGCCUCUGAAAGGGAGUUGAGUUCCUGUACCCUGAUUCCAGACCACAAUUGAAAAAAUGGUGGACCUCACCGAGCUAAUGGAGAAUGAAGUAUUCAUGGCCUUUACUUCCUAUACAACGAUUAUUCUUUCAAAAAUGAUGUUUAUGAGUACUGCAACUGCAUUCUAUAGAUUAACAAGAAAGGUUUUUGCUAACCCAGAAGACUGUGCUGGCUUUGGCAAAGGAGAAAAUGCCAAAAAGUAUCUUCGGACAGAUGACAGAGUGGAACGUGUACGGAGAGCUCACCUGAAUGACCUUGAAAAUAUUGUGCCAUUUCUUAGUAUUGGCCUUCUGUAUUCCUUGAGUGGUCCAGACCUUUCUACAGCCAUCCCGCACUUCAGACUCUUUGUUGGAGCCCAGAUCUACCACACGAUCGCGUAUCUGACACCUCUUCCCCAGCCAAAUCGGGCUUUGGCUUUCUUUGUUGGAUAUGGAGUUACUUUUUCAAUGGCUUACAGGUUGCUGAAAAGCCGAUUGUACUUGUAAAGAGAAUCAUACAACUCAUUAUUUUCCGAGAAUUCUGUACCUCCAAUUUAUAAUGAAUGCUUUUUUAGAUUCUAUGUGGAAGGGGAGCAGAGAGAUUAAGAUGGGGCAAUCAGUCUGAAUGUUAACAUCACCAAUACCCUUUAUUCUUGUUUUAUAUUUGUACUAAAAAUUUCACCUAAUUCUUAAGUCUUUUGGCUUCUUCUUUAUGUAUCUUGUUGUAAAUUCUGAUUAUAAUUUGUAACAUUCAUUCUACAUUUAAUAUUUAAAAUCUACAAAAAGGGUGAAUACAUGUGUGAUAAAUCUAUAUUGCAACAUUGCUGAAUUGGAUGUAUGAAAUAAAGAAUUAAAA